GAAGCAUCUAGACAGCCUCUUCACACGGUUAAGAAAACUUUAACGUCUCAUCAUCAUACGCCACGUGUCAAAACCUGGUGCCUUCAAGAACGUUCGCCUUUACUCUUCUUCUCUUUUUAACUGCUUUUAUAACUUCUACAAUCCUAAUUUUUUCUCAGCCUCGAAAUCUCAAAUUUUCUCGGGAAAAAAAAAAACGUAACGAUCGAACCAAAAACAAAAAAAAGGAAAACAAAUUCCGAAACUUGUUAAUUCCUAGAUCAUCGUCCUUCUUCUUCUCCGGUUCUUUCCAGUAUUCGAAUAUUCCCGCGUUCGUUUGAUCAAGAAUCCAUUGUGUCGGUCGAUUACAGUUUUACAGAAUGCAUAAGUGGAAUCUUCCUUACCGGAAAGAUGACGUGGAGACCGGCGCUAGUGGCGGUGAGAGAACUCUUUAUCCGACGAUGCUCGAGAGCCCCGAACUCCGAUGGGGUUUCAUCCGUAAGGUAUAUUCCAUAAUCGUUUUCCAGCUUUUAGCAACCAUCGCCGUCGCCGCCACGGUGGUUUUCGUCCGUCCGAUUGCCGUGUUCUUCGCCACCACUAGUGCCGGUCUUGCUCUCUGGAUUGUCCUAAUCAUCACACCUCUUUUAGUAAUGUGUCCUCUGUACUAUUACCACCAGAAACAUCCGGUGAAUUACUUGCUUCUAGGGAUCUUCACGGUGACUUUGGCUUUCGCCGUGGGAUUAACGUGUGCUUUCACCAGUGGAAAAGUGAUUCUUGAAGCAGCGAUUUUAACGACAGUAGUGCUGCUUUCCUUAACCUUGUACACCUUUUGGGCGGCGAAGAAAGGAUAUGACUUCAAUUUCCUCGGUCCAUUCUUAUUUGGUGCUCUCAUCGUUCUCAUGGUCUUUGCCCUUAUUCAGAUAUUCUUUCCGUUGGGUCGGCUCUCAGUGAUGAUCUAUGGUUGUUUAGCUGCGAUAAUAUUCUGUGGGUACAUAGUUUACGAUACAGACAAUCUCAUCAAACGUUACAGUUACGAUGAGUACAUCUGGGCUGCAGUUUCGCUCUACUUGGAUAUUAUCAACCUCUUCUUGGCUCUCCUUACCAUUUUCAGAGCUGCCGAAUGAAGCGUCUUUGCUCCUUUUUUUAAGUCAUGAUCAGUGUUAUUAUCAUGUCCUUCAAAUAUGUAAAUCUUUGAUAUUAUUUGUUAACAGAACCUCCU